AUGGCUCAAUCCGUCCCACCAGGAGACAUCCAAACCCAACCCAACGCCAAGAUUGUGUUCAACGCACCAUACGAUGACAAGCACACCUACCACAUCAAGGUGAUCAACUCAUCGGCUCGUCGUAUUGGAUACGGUAUCAAGACAACCAACAUGAAACGUCUUGGAGUCGAUCCACCAUGCGGAGUCCUCGACCCAAAGGAGGCUGUUCUUUUGGCUGUCUCCUGCGACGCUUUCGCCUAUGGACAAGAGGACACCAACAACGAUCGUAUCACUGUCGAAUGGACCAACACUCCAGAUGGUGCCGCCAAGCAGUUCCGUCGUGAAUGGUUCCAAGGAGACGGUAUGGUCCGUCGCAGAACCUUCCAAUCGAGUACAACCCAUAGAAAGUCUUCUUGUGUAUUGUCAAUAAAUCCGUCCCAUUUUAUAUUGCUUUUUCUAUUGUUAUUUUUUAUCACGCCAACAUGA